AUGUUGGAAAAUCACGGUAGCAGUGGGAUACUUCGGGAUAGCUUUGCCUUGCUGAGGGCACCCGAACAUGACGUGACUAGUUCCAGCCUUGCCUUUUUCUCCGAGCCUCGAAUCCACUCUUUAUCACAACGAUUAGGGAAUGACCGGCUCAAUGAGCUGGUGGAGACCAUCGAAUCUGUCAUCCGAUCACGGCUUCUCGCCCAGGGCCCGUCCUCUAUAUCGCUUGUCACUUUCAGAAAGCCGUCGGAUAUUGAGCAAGUCCCGCUAGACAAGGUCAGGUUGUACAUCGACUCUUACUUCCAACAACUGCACCCGAUUUACCCCUUCCUCGAUCGCAAAGAGUUCGAGGAUAAGGUAUUCGCGCCCAAUCGGUCUGAAACCAUGAGUUCCAGCUGUGCGUUUUCGGCUUUGUAUCAUACUGUCCUGGCUCUGGGAUGCCAGUACCAUGAAGGCGGAACGUUUGAUCCGGGGAAUGGCAGGGUGUGGAAGCUUUUCCAGGUGUCCUUGGGUCUUGUGUCGGAGAUAUUGAUACCGAGGGAAGCUCUGAUGAGUCUUCAAGCACUAGUCGCCAUGUCUAUAUUCACCAUGAAUACCUGCUGUCUUCAAAUCGACGAAAUCUUGCUCAUGGAAGCCGCCCGAAUGGCCCAAGGCCUCGGAUACCACAGAGCACUAGGCAACGGGGACCAACGACACAAAUCCACCUGUCACAGGACUUUCUGGGUGAUAUACUACAUGGAGAAACAUAUGUGUUUCCAGCACCAAACAGGCUCGAUGAUCCCAGACCACGACAUCGGGUGUCCCAUCCCCGAUGUCCCGGAAUCCAUCUUCGGAGAGUACAACUGGUUUUUGUCGGCCAUCGGCUUCGGGCGAAUUCUCUCACAGGCCUAUACGUCUCUCUUCUCGGUGAGUGCCGCAAUCCAAAGCACGCAAGCGUACCACGUCGCGAUCGAGGAGAUUGAGACUCGGUUGGAACGAUGGCGAACGGGAGUGCCCGUGGAAUUUCGACCCGGUAUGGCGUUUCACGAACCGAAUAUGCCUUCUUCCUCCUUUCCCGAGCCGAGCUUCAAGAUGAUCGUGCUCCAGACCAACUUUUCCUAUUACGGUUUGAUCGUCGCGUUGGCGAGACUCAAAAUGCAGAUAGGUAGAGAAGACCAGCCCCGAAAACAGGAAGAGAGUAAGCGACUACUGAUGGAUGCAGCAAGAGCUGUCGUGGAGGGAAGCAAGAAUGUAGACAUGGCUGCCCAUACGCCGAUUUUCAUUCUGGCUAUUUUACCUCUCUCAGCGUUAUUCAUCCUGUUUGACUUCGUCAUCCACAAUCCAACGCAUCCGGAAACGCGGAACAACCUGUCACUGUUGGACGUAGUAGCCGGUCACUUCAGUCUGUUGGAUUACAAGUCUGGGGGGUUCCUGCCCGCGUCGCUUUUAACCGAAUUUGCGCAUAUCGCACGGCAGUACGUCAAAGACUUUGGCAGUCAACAACAACAGCAACAGCAACAGCCCAGUGCACUGGGCUCGUCGAUUGCCGGGUCCAUAUUGGCAGACACCGAGGUUUCCACGCAAUUGAAUCAAAUGAACAGCAAUGGUGAUAAUAUCGAAUUGCCGCAUAACAUCAUGGAGCCCUGGGAAGCAAGGGACUAUCUGUACUAUCCCGUAACGCCGGAGGCGACCGUGCAUGGCUUACCUGACAAUCCGAUGACGGCGUCCUUUAAUAUUCAGAGCUUGUUUGAGUUCGUGGUUCCGGAGUUUGGACAUGACUAG